AUAUUAAAAAAAAAAAAGAAGCUUUACUCAUUCGAUUCAGAUCUUAUGAUUUUGAUUAGGUUCUGGAUUCCUCGUUGGGCUUACCCUGUUUUCAUCUUCUCCUUUUCGAUAUUUUGGAUGGAUCAAUUUGCUCACUGGAAUCUAAAAGACUCUGACUUUUUAUUUUCUGGAGAAUCUUUGAUAUAGUAGUCACUGUUGUGGCUCUGUUCCAAUUUCUUAGAUUUAUCUCAAGUUUUAAAAAUCGCUUCUUUUUUUUUUUUAAUAAAGUUGAGAGCUUGCUUAAUCACAUUCAUAGAUUGAGCAUUCUCUUGAUGGAAGAAACGAUUGAGGAAGACGAAAGAAGCGAGAGUGUUGUGUUGUUAAGAUCAUCUUGUAUUACCCAGUGGAGUCAGUGGCAAUUACUUGAUUCAAUUUUACCAACAGGAGGUUUUGCUCAUUCCUUUGGUCUUGAAGCAGCUGUUCAGACUCGGUUAGUUUCAUCUCCUGAAGAUUUGGAAACUCAUAUCAUUCAUCUGUUGGAUAACACUGCUAGCUUGUUACUUCCUUUUGUCUACUCUGCUCUCAAGUCUCCUGAUUUAGAGACAUGGCACAAACUAGACCGGGUUCUUGACGCCACUUUAACCAACCAAGUCUCUUCAAAGGCCUCGGUUUCACAAGGAUCAGCGUUGUUUCGCAUAGCUGCUUCGGUUUUCACUGAGAUCCCUUAUCUGAAAACGAUUCGGGACGCCUCUUUGGGGUCCAAGAACGUGUGUUUCCACCAUGCCCCUAUAUUUGGGCUUGUGUGUGGUCUACUCGGCAUGGAUUCCGAGACUUCUCAGAGAGCUUACCUGUUUGUAACGCUGAGAGAUGUUGUCUCGGCUGCUACGAGAUUGAACUUAGUUGGACCGAUGGGUGCUUCGGUGAUGCAGCAUCGCAUUGCUAUUGUCGCUGAAACUAUUUUAGAGAAAUGGAUGGAUCGUGAAGCUGGCGAAGCGUGUCAGACGUCUCCUUUACUGGACGUUGUGCAAGGUUGUCACGGUUACUUGUUUUCGAGACUGUUUUGCUCUUGAUGAAGUAGCAUCUAUCUGCAUGUGGAUUUAGUUUAAAGCUCCUUAGCUAAACCAUGACUGGCCGUUACGGUUCUAAACAUAACUUGUGAUCACAUUGUGAGAUUCCUUUGUUAAAUUAAGGCGUUUAGUUGGCUUUUUGUUUUGUUUUGUUAACUUGCAUCUGUGUUCUGUAGAUAUAGUUGUGAGCAAAGCCAUUUACAUAAAAUAAUAGGCACAGUAAAAUGCUUUGUAAUCAUGAUCUUGAACAACUUUGAUAAAGUAAUUUAACAAGGUUGAGGAAGAAACCA